UAAACUCUACUGUCGUGACGUCACGGUGUAUUAGUAUCCCUUUCAACAUGUGGUACGAAAAUAGAACAGUAUUUCCCGAAAGAAUGUAGGAAUUUGUCGUGUUUCAUUGCGGAGAGUAGCAGAUAAUCUUGCAAGUAAAAUGGACUAGUGAAAGAAAAACUUGGUAGAGCCAAUGAUGAAAUCCAACACCAUGUUUCGAGACCAAGUGAAUUCCUUGAACAGUUGGUUUGAGAAGUGGAAUGGAUGUGAGAAAACUGUGGUUGUGUAUGGACUUCUAAAACACUUGAGUGCCACACAGAUUAAAUUCCUGGCUCAGGUGUUACAACAGAAAGACUGUUCAGAAGCAGAGGGACUAGAGGCAGAGGCCAAUAACCCUGCAUAUAUUCAUCAACUGCGAACCGAGCCACAGGAGAUAGCAGUCCAAAAACUGUUAGCCCACUUUCCACUGCUGAAAGUUGGCAAUGUCAAAGCCAAAACAGAGUAUUUAGCUCUUAUUCCUCAAAUUCUGACUUACUCCAAUGAAAAUGGUGCUUAUGUGGAGGAGAGCCGACAGUUACUGUCAUACUCCGUCAUUCACCCUGCUCUCACCAGUGAAGAACAUGCCCAUUUCAACUGGUGGAUCUCUCACCUUAAUGAGCGUUUUACUUCCACCUUCAUUUCUAAUCCCCAUCAACCAUCUCAUAACACAAACCCCAAAGGGGAUCAUUCGGACUUCACACAGUGCAUGCCCAGGCAAGGGGUAACUGGCCGCACCAAUGGUUCAUUCUCUUACUACAGAGACUCUACUAUGGAGGAAACCUCGUCACAGAACAAACUGAUGUUGUCAGAAGAGAACCUGUCUAACCUAUUUCAUACCCAAAAUAGCUUGAGCUCAACCCCCAACCAGCAUCUUCCACUAACGGCCACUCUGUCUGCCCCUGCCACAGUCAAUGUGAUUAAUUCAUCAUCUCAACAUACCCAUACUCAAAGCAAUCAAGAGAAUGUUAAACCAGUGAAUCAACACAAUAAACUGUGUCGUAAACCUUCAUUACACCCCCAGCCUCAUGGUCUAUCCAUGACUUCCAGUAUAAAUCAUGUUAAUGACUGGUUACAAAACAGUGAAAGUGAAGUGCCUUACAACCGAGGGCGGUCAAAUUCACUGACCUAUGAACAAAUGCAGGGAGGGCACCCUCCCCUCUCCCCCCAGAGCAGUAUUACCUCAUCUGGGAGUAGUGAUACUCACCAGGAUAUGGAACCAGUGAAAAAUAGCUUCCUAGAGGAGGGCAGUGGAAUGAGAGAUGUACCUACCUGGUUGAAGAGUUUAAGGCUUCAUAAAUAUGCCUACCUGUUUCAACAGAUGACAUUCGAAGAGAUGUUGUCCGUCUCAGAGGAAUGGCUUGAAACACAGAAUGUCACAAAAGGUGCUCGUCACAAAAUUGUUUUGAGUCUUCGCAAAUUAAGGGAAAGACAGGAACUGUUAAAAUCUAUGGAAAAGGACAUUGUUGAAGGUGGAUCAAUCUCUACCAUUAAAUCUGUGCUAUCUGAAAUGAAGGGUAUGCUUAACACACCACUAAAGGCCUUUUCAUCAGGGGAUUCCCAAGUCCCCUCAUCCCCUCCCCCUUCCCCCGUGUCUGACAGUGACACCAUCCCAGAGGGUGAUGUGCCAGGGCAGUUCACCCGUGUCAUGUGGAAAGCAUGUACCCAGUUACUAGUAACAACUCCAUAUGAUGAUGAGUGCUUUAACCUGUUUAUACAAGUUAUAGACAAGUGCUUAAACCAUGAGGCUUUCUCAGCACGUCAAAAGAAGAGAUUGGCUUCAUGGAAACAUGAGACCCAAAGAAAUUGGCAACCAAAGUACACCGUUGACAGACGGAAACCAGGAUUCGGAGGAAAACCAUUUUGGAAUAAUAACAUAGGGAUACAGAGACCAUUAAGAUUACAAAGACCAGGCCCUCAGUGGAGUUUUGGAACUAAGAGGUCUAUUGUAGGAGGCACAAGUAGUGGGCAUGCCCCCUUGACGAGAAACAGUUCUCUCAACCCAGCUAUCUUCUCACGUCCAGGGCCUCUAGAGACUCAGAAGCCACCGGUGACCAGAACUCACUCUGCCCCCUUGAGAUCUCAACAUCAUUUUGGUCUCAAUUUUACAGGUUGUGACCAGUUAGCAGGUGAUAAUCUUGAGAACUACGCCCAGCUAGAUUCCUUGUGUCUGAGUGUUACUGAGCAUGCUUUGGGAAGUAGUCUUGAGACAAAUGAAAAAGGAACAACAUACUAGGAAAAGAUGCUGAGUUUGUUACAAGCUGCUGUUCAUAUUUGUCUUAAACUGUCUCAUGUGAUGAGGCUGAGAAAUAAUCAUCUCUAAGAAGUAUAUGAUAUGUUGAUUUUUCUGGAUGUAAAUUUCAUUAACAGUUUAUAGUGCUUUUUUGCACUAUAAAUACCUAUUUAUUGGUGUUCUCUACCAGAAGUAUUAUUUAUUGACAGGUCUUAUACAAGUGUGUUCCACAACAUUGCCAUGCCUUACCCAAUGUACACGUCUAUUGCCACGAUGUACAUGUGUCUAAAAUUGUACAAUAACAUCAAUUUUCCUUACUUAAAAUUUGUAUUAAUAAACCAUUUCAAAAGGUUUAAGAAACCAUUCAAAAUAAAUCAUUUUUUUUAUGUUUAUACCAUCAUACAUAUAUAAAGGAUGUGUACCAAAAGUUUUUGUGCAUGUUUUUUCAUUUGAUAGAAAUGCAUGGCAAAAAGGGAUGUUAAAUACUGUUUUUUAGCAGCACUGAUGUUUACAAAAAUUGUGCUAUUGUCUACAAAGUGUUCUGUUGAAGCUGUAUAUUUUUAAACUUUGAAAUCCAAAAAGAAAUUGAUUGUAGUUUUAUCACUGGUUAAUAGUAGUUUGUUAAAAUAGAUAUUUUAGAGAUUAAAUGUUAACAUUUUUUUUUGUAUUAAUUGGAUUUGAAAAUAUAAAUGUUAAAACUCAAUUUGUUUACCGGUAAUUACAUUAUACAUGUAUGUAUUUUAAAAAUAGUUAGGACCUACACUAUAGUAAACAAAUUCUUCCUCAGUUUAAACAGGUAUAUUUUAAGUCAAAUUGGGGUUGUUGGGUUUUUUUUAGGAAAAAUACAUGUAUUUGAAGAUAUAAAGAUCUUGAAAUUUAAAUUUAUAAUAUCAGGGUUUUAAAAAGAAACAAAAUUAUUUCAUUUUUAUGAGCCUCAAGUUUAGGCAUGCACCAUAUAUAUAUUUUUGGUAAUAGAUGGGACCAAUACUUCUGUGCAUUACAUUGAAUGUUAAGUUACUGUAAAAUCGCUUAUUUUCGAGGGGUCAAAUUUUUGUGCUUUAAGGAAAAAUUACUGGUUUAAGGGGAAUUCAUGGUUAAAAGAGAACCACAGUACUGUUGUAUGGAAUUUUAACAUUUCUUGGGGGAUAUGAAUUAGUGGGUCGCUUCACACCACGAAAAUAACGAAAAUUUUACCCCCACGAAAAUUAGUGAUUUCACAGCAAGUUGUAUUUAGAUUAAUUCAGUUGCAAGUGUUAAUAAUGACGUAAGCAUCAGUAGGAAAUGUGUGUUAUUUGUUUAAGGAUUGGUCAAAAAGUAAUCAUAUGUACAGAUACAGAAAAAAAAUCAUGUUUAGAUAUUCAUAACCUGUACACUAUAUGUACACCAAUCAACUUUACAGAGCUGCACACCCUCUGUUGUGUGUUCAUAUGAUACACAAGUCCUUAUAAAUUGCUGCUGGUACAGUGAUUUUAUACAUGUAAAUAUAAUAUGUAUGUGUAUUUGCAUGCUUUGUUUAUGCAUGUAUAAAUUAAUGUAAAGGCCACCAAAUGCUCUUAUCCAUAAUUACAUGUAAUGUAUUUUGAGCAAAAGAAUGGUCAAUAAUUUUCAUAUUUACUAUAGGAUAGGAUGUAAAUUUUAUAAAUAUUGAGUAGUGUAAUUCUUAAUUUAGAAAUCAUAUGUAGUAUUUUUAUUAAUAUAUAUUGAGUGUAAUGUGAUAAUGUAGUUUACUACUAUUUUUCUGAAAGGGGAGGGGAACUUGCGUGGGGUGGAGGCCUCUAGACUUUGUUGUUAUCUCCUUUAUGGGUAACAAAGUCUGGAGAGGGAAGGGAUGGCUUUAAAUUCUGUUGUUACCACCAUUCUAGGUAACAACAAAGUUAAAUAAUGGAAGGGGUAGGCUUAUGGACCUCAAGACUUUGUUGUUACUUUUAUGAAAGGUUUUUUCACAAUCUGAUUAAAAUCAGAUCCUUUGAUCAGCUCACAAAGAUCGCUACACAAGGUGUAGAGAUCUAUGUGAGCGGAUCAAAGGAUCUGAUUUUAAUCAGAUUGGGUUUUUUCAGUACUCCUGAUGUUAAGAGGUGAAGACUGUGGUGCAUUUGAGUGGAUGUUCAGAGAUAAAUUAUUUUGUUAAAAUGAUGUUCUAGUAUUGCUAAAAUGUUGGAGGAUUACUCUAAAGAGGUAGGCAAUGCUGCAAGUGUUAAAAAGUGCAUUCUGUAGUACACACAUUUUAAACAGUAUUUCCUUGAUCAAUGUUUUCUUCAAAAUAUUCCAAUAUUUUUGAAAAGGGGUGGAGUAAUAGUCAUGUAGUUUUAUUGUAAUUAAAAGGUGUACAGAGGUAUAUAUGGCAGGAAGUACAACCUUGCAGUACUGCAACUUCCUUUUUGUGUGAGUGACAGUCAGGAGGUAUGGUGGAGGUUAGAUUUUUUCCCCAACAAAUUUUUUUUUACAGAAAUGAAACUUAAAGAAGGGCUUAUGAUGGUGUACUCAUAAUAUAUAUUUUUUAUGAAUAAGAGUAUUUGGUGGCCAUGAUUUAUGGAAUAUUUUAUGAAAUACAGCAUGGUAAGAUUUUUUUAAUUACUAGUCAGAGUUUACUAUCAUACCAUAACCACAUACAUGAGUACAGGUAAAUUAAACCAUUUGAGAAACGACCUGAGGUUGUAAGCUAUUCACCUACCUGAUACUCAAUUCAAGCUCAAGUUUUUUUGACUGCUUAUAUUUCAGUAGAUAAAAUCCCUGUAAGGAAGGACUAUUUUUUAGGUCUUUAUAUUCUGACAUAAAUAUUCAUAUCCAUAAUACUACAUGUAUAUGUACAUGCACCUAGAAUCUAAACUUAUCCAUAAGUUUGACAUUUAGUACAUGUAUAUUGAAUGUUCUGCUUUAGCUUUGGUCAGUGAACAUUACAUGUACUGAUGGAAUCAAAACAAGAUUGUAAAUGUUUGUUCAAUAAUGCUAGAAUUGGUUAAAGAAACUGUUUAAAAAAUUCUGGUAUAUUAGCUGUUACUAUGUAACAAUCAUGGGGGAUUACAUUAUGAAUUCUUGUUUCUAAGAACCUUUACAUGAAACCUCAGAUAUGUGAUAAUUAAGAAUUAGAAUCUCAUCUCUGUCAUUUUUUUUUUUUAAAGAAAAAAGGUUUUGAUAGACUUUUGUACUAUUCAUUUGUUUGAUCACUAAAUUUCAAAAUAUUAUAUUUUUGUAAUAUUGUAUGUGUCAGAUGAAAAGGAAAAAAUUAUGAUUAUCCCAGAGUAAAGAAAAAUAUUCAGAAAUAGAUUUUUAUUACCCUUUUAUUAUUAUUCCUGUAAUACAAGUCAAAUAAUGUCACUAAGGUCUUGUGUUUCUCGUUUGUCUAUUUGCUUUUGAAACCUUAGAAUUUUUUAAAACAAAGCAAUCUGAAGAGGUGAUAUUGCACUAAACCGGUUAUUUAUAUACUGUUGAAUUAUUUUUUCUCUAAUCCAAAUUUUAGCUUCUAAAAAGUUUGUGACAAAAUAUUAAAGUAUGUAGUCAUUAUGUCUGUUGUGAUUUUUACUGAUACUGCUGGACUUGUGAACUUUCUUUCAGUUUUUGUCACCUUUAUUUCAUUACAUGUAUGUAUAAAACAUCAUGAAAAAAGUCAAUUGAUGUUUGCAAAAUCAUUCAUGUUAUGUAAGUUACAACAGUUUCUGUAGUAUAUCAAUUUGUCCAUAAUGCCAAAUUUAACACCACCGUUCCCUUGCAGGGGGGAGUGUUUAGCCUGGCUGUAACACAUUGUACUGUAGGUACACUUAUAGAAACAUUCUCUACACAGGGUAAUGUGGAAUUUUACGAAAACAUGAUUUUUAGUUAAAAAAAAAAAUUUGCAGUGCCAUUUAAUUUUGUAAGUCUUGUACCUUUCCUUUUAACCAGCACGUCAAGUGAACGUUGCAUGUUUGUUGAAGUACUGUUAUUGGAGUUCACUCUUUGUUAUCAACCCACCUUCUUUUUUGAGCAAACUAUUGGAUGUGCAAACACUGAAAUCUGAAAACACUAAGUAUAAUUUAUUUUGAAAAUUAUUGAUAUAUAAAUUCUCAGUUCAUUACAGUAUGGAAAAUUACUUGAGUAAAACAAUAUCUGUACAAAAAUGAAUUUUACCUAGAAAACAAAAAAAAUGUAAUUUUAAAUUAAAUUCUUCAAGAAUAAUGUGUGAAAGUUUAUUGUUAUGUAAAAUUUUGAUUGUUGAACGUCACCGACAUUAAUCAUUGACAUAAUUUCUGUUAUUGAAGUUGUGAGUUCACGUUUCUUUUUUGUUUUCAGUGUUAGAAUGUUUACGGUUAAUUGAUAAGUAAUUGAUGGUAUGCAAUGUUUUUAAUUAGUGUUCUUGUUGCUUUGUAAACAAUUUUGUCACAUUUUCAAGGAAAAUCAAAUAAAUUGGUUGUAAUAUGC